UAUCGGUUGAGUAGCCAAUAAUUUUGAGAAAAUUAUACCUGUCUACACCUGAAUUAUGAAUGUUCUGAGUACCUACAACAAUAUCAAUAAAAUAUUUUGAAAGAACCGGUGCGGUAACAAAGGAUACUGGAACUAUUAGGCUCCAUUCUGUUAUAAUGCAAUGAAACCCGACAUCAAACUGCAGUAAUGGGGGUGUGUUGGUGUAAAGAAAAGGAUCCAGAAGAAGGCGAUGUGUACUCAUUGAAUCCAGAGCCAGAGUCCGCGUCCCCGGCCGUGUCGGAGACGCGGACUCGCAUCGCCAAGGUUGUGGACUCCAAGCUUGUCGACCAACUUGUGCUAGAAAUGCUGGGUCUCAUAGCUUCCAUUGUUGACAAUGAUGAAGAAUCUCCCGUCUCGCUGGUCAAACUUCACAUGAUAGCGGACAAGGAAGAAGGUUGGAUACAAGUGGUCAAGUCUAUGGUCAGAGUGAUACCACUCGAAGACCCUUUCGGCCCGUCUGUCAUCAUUAUCCUACUGGAUGACUGUCCGCUGCCCUCCAAAGACUCCGUUAUAAAGGUGACGCAAAUGCUGGGUCUGUCGUCCCAGAGGGCAGCACUAGGCGAUAUGAACGUACGCGUCGAGCGCAACAUUUGCGUGGUGCUGGGCUGUCUGGCCGAGAAGCUGGCGGGGCCCAACAGCGUCGCCGUGUUCACGCAGAACACACUCGACUAUCUCAUCGCGUUUCUGGUAAAACGACGCGAGGCAUGCGUGGUCCUGUUCGCGUUGUUAGCAUUAGAGAAAUUCGCCCACACGACUGAAAACAAGUUGACGAUCAACAAGUGCCUGGAGCGGGAGCGAGAGAACCCCCUCCUCGAGCUGGAGAAGCUGGCGGGCAGCAAGGACCCCGUGUGGCGGCAGGUCGGGUUCUGCGCGCAGUGGGCGCUCGACAACCUGUUCCUAAUCGAAGGCCGCAAGCUGUCCUACGAGGUGGUAGACAUGUCAAGCAUCAACGUGAUCCUAAACUCUCAAGACGUGAGCGAGUACCUAAAGAUCUCGUGCGACGGUCUGGAGGCGCGCUGCGACUCGUACUCGUUCGAGAGCGUGCGCUGCACCUUCCAAGUGGACGAGGGCUGCUGGUACUACGAGUCAGUGAUCGUGACGCCGGGCGUCAUGCAAAUCGGCUGGGCGACUAAAAACAGCCACUUCCUUAACCAUGAAGGAUACGGCAUCGGAGACGAUCUGUACUCGCUGUCAUACGACGGCUGCAGAAAGCUGAUCUGGUACAAGGCGAGGCCCGAACCAGUGACGGAAGUCCCCGAGUGGCGGCCCGGGGAUGUGCUCGGGGCACUAAUAGAUAUGAACACUAAGGAAGUAGUAUUCUCACUCAACGGCCGCCGGUUGCCACCCUGUAGGGAGAUCUUUGAAACUACCAGGCAAGGGUUCUUCGCCGCCGCUAGCUUCAUGGCGUUCCAGCAGUGCCGCUUCAACUUCGGCCACGAGCCAUUCAAGUUCCCGCCCACCGACCGGCCGUUUUCCUCCUUCAACCAGCACGGCUACUUGACGGACGAACAAAAGAAGGUUGUACCUCGGAGAAUAUACCUGGAGCAGCUCCGAUGCUCGAGUGUGAAGGAGGACUCCUGCACGCUGUGCUUCGACGAAACCGCCUGUUGUGUGCUGGAGCCUUGUGGCCACAGAGGCUUCUGCUCGGUGUGCACGUCUCAGCUGAAAGAGUGCCCGAUGUGCCGUGCGGGCAUCGUGAUCGUGCGCGAGCAGGAGACAUGACAGGAGUCGCGCGGCAGCGAGUCGAGCCCCAACAUCACGCUCGACGAGUCCCCCACACCGCCCCCGGGGGGCCUGGGCCUCGACCACCUCUUCGGCCCCGCCGAUCUCAAGUAGCGCCUCUGUUCACCGACUCACAAACAUGAUGAUGGCGGCCUGCGGCUUCCCAAGCGCCAGUGACGCGCGCAAGCUUUGAAACAUAGUAUUACCGUUGAAUCGGUUUCGGUAGUCAACCUUUUCGACGCCAUGUCAAACGCUGCGCGCUGUUACGGAGACGCCGCGUCACCGCUACGUUAAGUUUAUGUCGCUAUGUGGUCUGCGACCGAUUCGAUCUGUCAUUGGCGUUGAAGAUGUGGUGCCAAUAUAUCUUUGGCGUAGAAAAGGCUAACACUAUCAAAGUAUCCACACUGUUAACUGGCAUUUUGAAAACCUUAGUACAAGGACAAUGUCCUCCAAUGGACGCCAUGCGCCACUGUAUAGCUUUGUUCAUAGCCAAUAGAUAUCGUGGGAUCAUUAUGAUUACUAUUGUGUGCCAAAUUUAAGGCAAUUGGAUAGAUAAACUAUGUCGUAUGUUUCAUGUGGCAAAAUGUGAUAUAGUUAUCAACGUAUCAUAUAAAAUCUUUUAAGGUACAGAACAAAUUUAUAGAGUAGUUGAUUAAAUGACAGUCAGAAUGUAAAUUAUAAUAUCAAUACAAGGAAGUGCUUUAUUGCUAGUAUGGCGGUGCCUCGUAAUAAUUCAGAAAUGAAGUGUUCUGUAGUCGUUAGUGUUGACUAGUAAAUUCACAACAAUGAACACAUUGUUUGACAACUUAACAAUAUUGAUACAAGUCUGUCUUUGAAAUUAUACCAGGUUACUUAAUUUAGUUAUCAGGAAACUUCGGAAGCUCGGUUACUUAUUUAAUUGUUUUUAAGAUAAAACUUUGUUUGGAAACACAGAAUACCUAAGCCACGCAAGGGGAAUUUAAAUCACCUUUAUAGAGUUAUAUUCCAUUUAGGGCCACUUGCACCAAUGAAAAUGGAGGGUUAACCCACCAUUUUAUGUGGAAUUUGACAGUUGACAGCCCACUAACCCUGAGUUAAGUGGUUGGUGCAGGUGGGCCUUAUGUGUUAUCUCUAAAAUCAGUAUCUAGUUUCUAAUUGUAUGUUUCCGAUAACUAAUUGAUAGUACUGGUUUGUCCAAGUAACAGUAUUCUUGUCAGACCGGCCUUAAGAGUCCGUCAAAGCCAAAUAGUCUGAAAACGUAAAAUUGGUGGUUUCUGCGUCCAUUUUUGGACUCAGUAUAUGCUUAAUACGCCGGAGGCAA